AUGGCUGCCGCCCACCGUCUGGUCAUCGUCCGCCACGGAGAGAGCUCCUGGAACCAGGAGAACCGCUUCUGUGGCUGGUUCGACGCCGACCUCAGCGAGAAGGGCAUGGAGGAGGCCAAGCGCGGGGCCCAGGCCAUCAAGGAUGCGGGCCUGAAGUUCGACGUGUGCUACACCUCCGUGCUGAAGCGGGCCAUCAAGACUCUGUGGACCAUCAUGGAGGGCACGGACCAGAUGUGGCUGCCCGUCAUUCGCUGCUGGCGCCUGAACGAGCGCCACUACGGAGGCCUCACCGGACUCAACAAGGCCGAGACGGCCGAGAAGCACGGCGAGGAGCAGGUGAAGAUCUGGCGUCGCUCUUUUGACACCCCACCCCCGCCCAUGGACAAGGACCACCCUUACCACAAAAUCAUCAGCGAGUCUCGGCGCUACAAGGACCUGAAGCCCGGUGAGCUGCCCACCUGCGAGUCGCUGAAGGACACCAUCGCCCGCGCCCUGCCUUUCUGGAACGACGUCAUCGCCCCCCAAAUCAAAGCUGGAAAGAACGUCAUCAUCGCUGCUCACGGCAACAGCCUCCGUGGCAUUGUGAAGCACCUGGAGGGUAUGUCUGACGCAGCCAUCAUGGAGCUGAACCUCCCCACAGGCAUCCCAAUUGUGUACGAGCUGGAUGCGAACCUCAAGCCCAUCAAGCCCAUGUCUUUCCUUGGUGACGAGGAGACCGUGAAGAAGGCCAUGGAGGCCGUGGCUGCCCAGGGCAAAGCCAAGAAGUAA